AUGAGCGUCUUAUCUUUAUCGAUCUUGUCCCUCCUUGAAGCCGACCUCACGAGUUAUUGGUACCGUCCCUGGGACCCUUGGGUAGAGGGACCAACUUCCAACGACUACGUUAUCGUUUUAUCGCAGCGCCCAAUCAUCAGCAAGCUAUUCCGUGUCAACACAGAAGCCCGGUCCUGCGCAUCCCGCUUCUAUCGGGUCCAGCUUCCCUGCACCUACCAAUGCGGGGACCAUGCGCAAGAGAAUGGCACUCUGUACUUCAACCCCGAACUGGAUAUCUUGACGAUUUCGGGCUUUGAGUAUUUCGUCAAGUUUGCCCAUGACAUCUGGGUUCACGACCCGAGACAUGUAGGGCUUCGCAAUAUGGCUCUAUUCGACCACAGAGUUAGGCCCAUGUAUACCCACGAGAAGAAAAACAAUCGCCUGCGCGAGGUGGUAUCCCGGCUUCAGCGCAUCAUGUUCCCGUUCAUGCAGGAAUACAGCGCCGAAUUUCGACGUGUGCGCUUUCCCGGCACAAACGACACUAUCCCGAGACUCAAACCACUCUUCUACCGACCCAUCAUGCCCGCAACCCCUAUUUUCCAUCGGCGACCCGAUCGCAGACCUAUUCAGGCAGAGCUUAGACAGGUAUUCAUUAGCUCAUUUAACCCCCAGGUCAAAAUUCAUAAAUAA